AUGGCAGCACCCUUGUGUGUGGAGGUGGAGUUUGGAGGCGGUGCAGAGCUCCUGUUUGAUGGAGUAAAGAAACAACAAGUCACCUUCUCUGGGCAGGAGGGUCCCUGGGACAUUCAGAACCUCCUUGUCUGGAUCAAGAAGAAUUUGCUAAAAAAGCAGCCAGAGCUGUUUAUCCAGGGAGACAGUAUGCGACCAGGAAUUCUGGUGCUGAUUAACGAUUCAGACUGGGAACAGCUGGGCGAGCUGGACUACCAACUGUGGGACCAGGACAGCAUCCUCUUCAUCUCUACGCUGCAUGGGGGCUGAGGGCCUCUCUCUGAAC